AAUAGUCAAAAUGGAGGUUUAUGAAUAUAUACACUGUAUUUAUGUGUUGAUUUAUCUAUUACAAACCACAAAUCCUGUUUUAGGGAAGGAGUGUUAUAAUUUUGAUUGUUAUUAUACAUCCAACUGUAAAGGUGAUCAUGAUAAUAAAACUGGUAUAUGUACCGGAACAUGUUCUGAAGGAUGGUAUGGUCCUACUUGUCAAAUGGAAAAUGUAGCAUUAGGUAAAAGCGUAGAACAGAAUAUACCACGUACUGGUGAAUGGAAGACCGGUUAUGUAGUGGAUGGUAAUAUCAGUACUAGUGUAUGUGUAGCAGAAGGAGGACUAGAUCCACUACAGGUUGAUGUUGAUCUGAAUCAAGUAUACUUAGUAAAAAAUGUAACCAUAUAUUACAGUCCAAAUGAUAAAAAUACAAUAUAUGGGUUUUCUGUUUAUACUGCAUUUACACACGACCGAGAGGAAGGGAAUAGUACGUUAUGUUAUCAACAUGGAUCCGGUGAAGACGUACCAGAUAUAAUUAACAUUGAAUGUUCUUCAUCUGGUAGCUUUGUGAUAAUCAUGAACAGUCGUUUAAACCCACCCUACCCCGAGAGCUAUAGUAAAGAACCGGGGCUAGAACUUUGUGAAGUGCAAGUUUUUGUAUGUUCUAAUGGCACUUUCGGUGUUCAGUGUGAAUACACAUGUCAUUGUAAUGGUGGUAAAAGGUGUGAUGAUCGAACGGGAGUAUGUCCACCAAAUGUCGAAAGAAAGUGUGAUUUUGGUUGGAUAGGUGAUAAGUGUGAUCGAAAUUGUUUGUAUGAUAAUACAUAUGGUAAUAACUGUGACAAGGCAUGUUCGGAUCGACAUUGUUUAAACCAGUCUCCCUGUAACCCUAGUAACGGAUCAUGUGACGAUGGUUGUGAAGAUGGAUAUAUUGGAAUUGAUUGCAUUUUAAUGCAGCCGAAAGUUGAAGUCCAAAAUUGCGUUUCUGGUACGUAUGGUACUAAAUGUGACUUGUUAUGUUCUGGGCGACAUUGUUUACAUCAGUCUUCCUGUAACCCUAGUAACGGAUCAUGUGACGAUGGUUGUGAAGAUGGAUAUACUGGAAUCGACUGUACUUAUACGCAGCCACAAGCUGGUAAACAGUUACAAGUAGAUGAUACUGGUUUAACCCAUCUACAUGUUGGUAUAAUUGGUUUUGUUUGUGGUUUAGUUGUCUGCAUUCUGUGUGUCGGGAUCAUAUACGCUUGCUGUCGGAGCAGGAGUAAGGAGAGACCCCUGGUCGUAGAUUAUAAAAGAAAACAAAGUGGGCCCAUUUAUGACGAUAUUAACGGCGACUUUCGUCAUCCACAAAUAGCAGCCAUUUCCAAUAUAGGCUAUGAUGAUGUUAUUGAUGGAAAUCAAACUACGACAUUGCCACGAAUCCAUACUGCAAACAGGCCAUUGCCAGAAAUCGUUAUUGACGAUACAAAAGGCUUCGAUACAUGUUCCAGUAAUGGCAGCGACUGUAGUCAAUGUAGAGGCGAUCGUGGUCGACAUAAAGCACACAAAAGACCGGCUAUAAACCUCAGUAAAUCGCAAAAUGAGAAUCAUUACAUGGACAUCCCUGCGUCUUCUCCCACGGACAAAUACUCUAAAGGUAGUCUAUACGAUACUAUUGCGGAGCUGAGGGAAGGCCGGAAUGGAUCCUACGAAUUAGACAACUCUGUACCUGAUAAUACUAAUCAGUCUGGAAAAAAUAAUCAUUAUAUUCGAAUGGAUUCAUCUUCUAUGGAAGGGUCUUCAGAAAAACGUACCAAAGCUGUCCCGUAUAACAAUCUUAUAGAAGACCGAUAUGGACUUCAAGAACCAGACAAUAUGGUUCCUGUAAAUACUCAUCCGUCCGAGGAAGACAACAAGUACACACGAAUGGAUUCAACUUCGCCUGGAACAUCCACAGAAAGGAGUGUCAAAGGUGCCAUGUAUAAUAAUAUUAAAACUGUUGAGAUAAAUCCAGAAGACCGAUAUGGACUUCGAGAACCAGAGAACACCGUGCCUGUAAAUACUCACCUUUCCGAGAAAGACAACCAGUAUAUUCGGAUGGAUUCAACUUCUCCUCGAGCAUCCACAAAAAUGAGUGCCAGAGGUGCCCAAUAUAACAAUAUUGAUACAGUUGGGAUAAAUCUAGAAGAUCGAUAUGGACUUCAAGAACCAGAUAGUCCUGUUCAUGCAGAUGCUCAUCAACUCGGGAAAGAAGUACCUUAUAUUCGUAUGGAUUCGCCAUCUCGGGAAACAUCUCCUGCAAAGGGUGCCCAAGGUGGCCCAUAUCAUAACAUUACAGGGGCCGUUCCGAUAAAUGGAGCCGACCGAUAUGGACUUCAAAUACCGGGCAGCGCUAUUCCAGCAGAUACUCAUCAGAAUGUCAAUGAUAAUCAUUAUACUCCCAUGGAUUCGACUGAUAAAAAGUCCCCUGAAAAGAGUGCCAUAAAUGGCCCAUAUAACAAUAUUACAGAUCAAGUUCGGAUAAAUCCAGAAGACCGAUAUGGACUUCAAGAACCCGACAACCUUGUUCAUGUAGAAAUUCACCAACCUGCAGAUACUCACCAGCGUGGAGACACUUCGAACCCCUUGUCGCUGGAUACGAAACACCAUUCCACAGAUAACAACAGUACGAAAAUAGCUGGAAUUGAUUUAAAUGACAAUAUUGCCAGACGCGAUGACUUUGUUGAUCAUGGUUAUUUAACGUCACAGAUACUUAUUCCACCGGACUCUGAUGAAAGCAAAUCUUAAAAACUAUUUAUUGUUAUUUUAUUUAUUUAUUGCUGGGAUUAGGUUGUGUUUUAAUGGUCAGGAAAGGAAUCCACGAGGAUUAUAGUUUUAUGUAACACCCGGGUCAUAAUAUAUUGAACGAGUAUGGCCAACAAUUAACUAAAUUAUGAGUGGGUAACAGAAUGGCCUUUUUUACCUAUUCUUAAUGAUAUGCAAUUAUAGAUUCUUACUUAAUUCCCACCUCUGACCUACUAGAUCGUAUGCCGAAUUAUUAUUUCGAUCGUAUAGACAGACACUGAUUGUUUUAUAUUUGUUCUAAUGUUGAUCUUUUAAACAUACAGAUUAGGUAACAAUAUGGCGACUAUGUCUGGUUGACCAUAUUAUAUAUAUGGCCCAGGUAACACCCAGUAAACAAAUCAAGAAACUAUCAGUUAAAAAAAUACAGUUCCAAUGCUUUAAAGACAUAAAAUUGAAAGCAUUUAAUGAAAUAUACAUGUAAUUGAUAGCUGUCCUAACCGCAAGGGAGUUUAGGUGUUAAACGAUGGAUGAUAUGUGGGUCUGCUGAUCAAGUUUAUACUAAACAACUACCUACCGAAUUUGAUUAGUUACCGAUAUCCUUAUAUGUAACAGUUACAAUUACUUCAUUGUCUUAUUUUGUCAUGUCCGUAAGUUUGCUUGUGUAGUACAUGUACUAUUAACCUUGUGAUAAUCUGUUUUAGCAGACAUGUGGAAAGGCCUGCACCCCUAAUGCCCCGCGUCAAACCGGUGUGGCAUCCUUCCUUCGCUGCAGCGACUGUACGACAACCAGAAAAUGCACAAGAUCGCCGGCAAACUUGAACACAACUCGAGAAUAUGUCUAAAAAAAUUACAAACUUGAAAAAAAGCCGCGUUCUCACAGCUUUUCAGGUCAGAUCGCAGAACCUUCGCGUUUGUUUUGAACAUGCUCAAAACAAACGCCGUGACUCGGCGAUCAUUGGCGACCAUGGAGACCACAGCACGAAAUUUGGCGUUUCCACCACGUUUUUACCACGCUUAUGGCGAUCUUGAUGCGCUCUGAGACCAUUUUCCGUCACCCAGGUCUGACGGGGUAUUAUUAUGCAGUAUCUUUACGACCUUCGCGGAUAAGGUACCCCCUUAUUUAUCACUAACCAAAAUCAAAUUAAGUUUGAUCUUUCAUGUGUGUGAAAUAAUACUGUCUAAGGUCUGCCCAGUACUGUUGUGUUAGUCACAAUAUCUGGGUUUCGUGGGAUGCGACGAUUACACACAGAUGCCCCUUAAUAAAUGUGGUCAGACUGUGAAUAACCCAGUAAUUUUAUUAACUACGAAUUUAUGAUAAAUCCAUGAUGUUUCGAAGUAUAAAAAUGUGAUAAUUUAACAGUUCAAAGAUUUAUUAAAUUAACAGAUCAGCAGUUAAAAACAAUACAUAUACAUUGAAAUCAUUACACAAAUAUACAUGAUAAAUAUGCUUCCUAAUCAUUGAUUAUAUUUUUACUAAUAAUUAAUGCAAAUUAAAUUUACGUACAAUCAAAUUUCCAUGUACUUUAGAUAUACAAUAUAUUUUUUUUUCC